GCCUGCACGUGGAACCCACCUACUGCUGCACACAGAGAAUGCACAGGAAUUUAAAGAACUAAGAAAACCAAAAUGAGCAGACUCAACAACAGGAGAUUAAUUGCCUAGGAGUUAGUGGACUGCAUGACUGAAGCUGGAUAUUUUAGAAACCAGUGGUUGCCUUCACAUUUCCUGGUGGAAGUGGGACAGGUCAACAGACAACCCAGGGUCACAGAUAACUUUUGCCCACACAUCAUUCACUUUUGGGAGCGUUGGCUUGAAAUUGAGGGGUGUGUGUGUCUGGAACCGACGUGCCUUCCGUGCGCCUCAGAGGUCUGCACUUUCUUCAAAUGGGCUGAUUACAACACAGAGGAUGUGGACAGUGGACUUCUUCCUGUUCAAUGUCACACUGCUACCCUUUAAAAGUCCAGGGUUAAAAAAGGAGGGAAUCCAGCCUAGGAUCUUCGGCCGGCUACUUGCAAGGAAAAAGGAAAGGCCAGCAAGGCCAGGCCUGCAGAGGGAGUGUCUGGUUUCAGUCUCAGCACCAACCACUCAGAGAGCAGCGUGAUGCUGGGGACCUGCCUCAGGCUCUGGGUCUGCGCCCUGUGCAGUGUUUGCAGCAUGAGCAUUGUCAGAGCCUAUCCCAAUGCCUCCCCGCUGCUCAGCUCCAGCUGGGGUGGCCUGACCCACCUGUACACGGCCUCAGCCAGAAACAGCUACCACCUGCAGAUCCACAAGGACGGCCAUGUGGACGGCGCACCCCACCAGACCAUCUACAGUGCCCUAAUGAUCAGGUCAGAGGAUGCUGGCUUUGUGGUGAUUACAGGUGUGAUGAGCAGAAGAUACCUCUGUAUGGAUUUCCGAGGCAACAUUUUUGGAUCACACUCCUUCCACCCGGAGAACUGCAGGUUCCGACACCGGACCCUGGAGAACGGCUACGACGUCUACCUCUCGCCGCAGCACCACUUCUUGGUCAGCCUGGGCCGCGCCAAGAGGCCCUUCCUGCCGGGCACGAACCCGCCCCCGUUCUCCCAGUUCCUGUCGCGGAGGAACGACAUCCCGCUGCUUCACUUCCACACCCCGCGCCCGCGGCGGCACACGCGCAGCGCCGAGGACGACUCGGAGCUCGACCCCCUGAACGUACUCAAGCCGCGGCCGCGCGCCACCCCGGGCCCCGCCUCCUGCUCGCAGGAGCUGCCCAGCGCCGAGGACAACAGUCUGGUGGCCAACGACCCUUUAGGGGUGGUCCGGGGCAACCGGGUGAACGCCCACGCCGGGAGGGCCGGCCUGGACAGGUGUCGCCCCUUCCCCAGGUAUGUCUAGGGGCCGGAGAGGAGCCCUCUUCCAGCGGCCUUCCAGGGACCAGCACUCUGCGCAUCCAGCCUGGGGAAGGGAGUGAUGUAUGGAGCUAGCGGCUCCUCUCUAACUCCCUCCCUCGGGAGGUCCUGAGUAACAGGGUUUCACCGCCUUCCGCACCCCGCAUAUACCACCUUUCUGAAUAAGAAAGCCAGCAUGUAAACUAGCAGCGUCCGAAGGAGGAGACCCCCACUCCAGCCCCGUAUUGCUCUUCCGUACGCCUCUCUUAGUUUGGCACUAAGCGAAAGUGCUGGAUUAGGGAGCUCGCUGCUCGGAAGGCGAGGGGAAGGGCAGCCCCAGAGGCCUCCCACUGCCCGGGGCGCUUGUUUCCCGCCGGGAUCCAGAUGGCAUAUGAGUUUGCCACCUUGAUAUUAACAGCCCGCCAGGGCAAGCUGGUGAGGACACUAAGUUUAAGCCAUUUAUCUUCCUUGAAGAAAAAUCUCUGGGGAAGACUGUCAAAAAAGAUUGGUGGCAGGUAGUCAAAACCAGACACCCAGAAUGCCAGGUAAACGGGGCGAAUCCGGCGGGAGCCCUCACGCUGGACACUGGGCAGACACCGCUGCCUGGCUCUGUCCGCCAUCCAGGGGCCGUGGGGCCGGAGUGGCUGCUCCGUUCCCAGGGGGCUCGCGAUACAGUUUUGCCCCUUGACCCCAUCUUUGGUUUUACUGAAUUUGGCCUAAGGAAUAGCUUUCGUAUCAGCUUAUGAUAAUCCACCCUGCUAGGAUUUGCUUUUCAAAAUGGAAAUAAGUUCAAACUCUCCAAAGAGGCAUUUAAUGAAGCCUCUACUUUCAGGUUGAGUCCUCUCGGGGUCACAUUUGUGUAAAUUAUCCAGAAUGGACCUUGAGACACUGUCUCAAGCAGACAAUGGGCUGCUCUGGUUAGAUGUUCUGUGGACUGAAAAAUUGUGUCCUUUUUUUCUAAGUGAAUUAACAUCAAGGAGUCAGGGGGGAAAAGAAGUUCACCAACCAGCGGACAAGCUGUAUGAGUUAUGAGAAGAAUGCUGUCAGGCUUUUGACAUGGCUUUUGACCAUGGGCUCCUUAAGUGCUCUGCAGCAAGUGGCUGUAAGAUUAGUUAAAA